AUGACUAUAACCCAGGUAUUGACAGUAACGGUUGACGGGGCACCGAGCCUUACUACAGUCACUACCUUCCCUACUGAGAGCGCUACAGAUGAGGCUGUUCCCGAGGACGAAGUGUCAUCUGACAACGAAGCGUCAUCGCAGGACGAUGCUACUGUGGCGACUAUAACCCGGGGCUGGACAACAACGCAGGUGGAGAGCGCAUCACGUCUUACUACAGUCACUUUUCCCUCCUUUGAAGACGUUACUGAUGAAACUCUUUCCGAGGAUGCGACCACGACGCAAUAUGGUAGCGGAUCCGGUCUUACAACAGUAACGAUUUGGGCCACUCAGGGCGCUGCUGAUGGAACUACUUCUGAAGAAGUAACAGCAACGCAAGCUGGCAGUGAACCGGGUCUUGCAACGGUCACGGUUUCCACUUCUGAAGACGUCAUCACUUCAACUCUUUCCCAAAAUUUAUCCGGAACGCAGGUCGCCGGUGUAUUGGAUAUCGCGACAGUUACUGUUACGGUCCCUGCAUUUGCAAGCCCUACCAGUACCUCGCCUAGCCAAAGCUCGCCUCCCUCCCGCACUCUCACUCCGUGGCGAAAGCUUUUCAAGACAUGGUGGGAGAAAUUGUACAAGUCCGACUCCACCGGGGAACCCACCGGCUCAUUUACUUAUCCAACCUACAAGCCUUCUGGCUAUAACGGUGUUUUCUAUGGAAAUGUAACCCGCUCUGGAUCUACUGGCGCUUCCGCAGUAUACUUAGUUCCGUCCGGCUAUGGCCAGGCAGGUCCCUCGAACGUCGCCACAGGUGUUGCUUCGAUGGUAACCGGCACAACCAACAGCACGCUGCGCCCAAGCAACACCACCGCCACGUCAGACAACCGUCCGUCCUUUUUCAAGAUUCAUCUUGAUCUAGCCGCACUCGUCAAAGCAACGCUAGAAAACAUUAGGAUCUCUCGCAGGACUUACGAGGUCAAUGUCGAGUUGUUCGCCGAUCUCUCCUGGCGAAACGAGAGGUCCGAGACCAACGCUACGGUCAACCAACAGGGGAACUACAAGACCGUUAUGCACAUCUUGGAUGGAAUUGUGAUCAAGAUGUUCGGCAACAAUAUCAUCAAUUAUUACUAUCAAGCUGGGGAUAAGGUCUACUACUCCAAGUUCUGCAAUUCUUGCCCGAUCACGCCUGUGAUGAAGGAAGGCGACUCCUACGUCCUGCCACCACCAUGCGAAGGCUGUGCCAACCCAGUCAUGCUGGCUAAGCCAGGGCAGGGCGACGUCAUGCAGGUGCCCAACAAUGAGCAGGCAGAGUGCGGCUUGGUCGAAUAUGAACCGCCAACCUGCGUCAACUGCGAGGACAUGCCAGCUGCACCCUCCGAUAUGAUGGCCUGGAACAGCCCAUGGUCCUCGACCACCACCUUGUCAGGAGUGUUUUCAGAGCCAACCGCCAACCAGUCGGGAAAAUGGGACGGUUUGGUGGCUAAGGAGAUUUGUGUCACCAAGGCAGCGUACCUUAGCAACCAGAUCACAGAGGUCGCAUGUCUAAAUUACAUGGGCUUAACAACCACCCAGACGAGCGCAUUCACCGCCAGCCCCAACCAGGGAGCGAUGACCUCGCAGACGCCCAUGCCGACGGGAGGGUCCGACCCCGUUACCGCUGGUGUUAUGAGCAACGGCGCUGGCACCUCCGGCACUACUCCUGGUCGUUCUGUCGAGAGCUCUGCCGCCUCUACCACGGCCAUGUCGGCUACCAGCUCAGCCAGCGCUCAGCGGACCGCGCCCGUGCAAGCUAGCCAGGUGAAGGCUGUUGUGCAAGAGAGUUCUGAGACGAAUGUUGCCGUGGGCCAGCCGCGAGCAACCUCGGUCGAUUCGAAAGAAGUUACUGGCAAGCCCUCGCCAGCGCCGGCUCAGUCUACUGAGGCUUCCAUCGCGAGUAACAGCGCCGCCAAGUUCGCGGGCUCUGGCUUCGGCGUCGUUGCCGGUCUCGCUGCGGCUUUCUUCCUCAUAUAA